AUGAGAGAAAUUCUACUUCUCCCUUGCGUCUUUUCGAUUACUCUGGAUACACUUGAAGUGUGGCAAAAGUUUCUGCAAAAGGAAGCUUUAGAUUUAUACGAUCAUGGUCGACUUGUGACUACUAAUGAAACUGCCGAACUAGUGGAGUGUUACUUGUGCAAUUGGAUUUCUUUGGAAAAUGCUGGCACAGGAGAAAUGCAUCUUUUUGGCGAAAACUGCGAAACAACAAAUGAAAGAACUGAAACUGGCUUUGGAGAAACGUGCGGAACAAUCGAAAUCCGACGAAGUAUUUUUGAUAUUCCUUACUCAGAAGUUCCGUACCACGAUAUGAAAAACAGCGUCCACCGAUGGGAUGUUAAGAUGACUCUGAGAGUGACCUCAAAAUUCGAAGUUGACAACGAUUUUCUAUUGAAGACUUGCUCGAUGGAUGAUAGCUUAUGCGUGUUUGAUUGCGAGGAUGACUUAUGCAACCACUCUGGCUACGAUGGAUACCCUGAUGAUGGACGAUUUCCGCGUUCAAAAACAACAAUACCUAAAAUAGUUCUCCAUGAUAUGGGGUGA